GCUUCGCAGCAGCAACAUCGACACCCCGAUUUCUUCUGCGGUGGUGCGACAACGAGAGUGUUCUAGCAUAGUGCUUUUUGCCCAGUGAUUUUUUAUGGCGGCGUGAAUACAGCGCGGAUUUGUACACAAAACGGAAAAAAGAGAGCGACACCCGAUCCCGUUUUUCAGAUUGGAUUACGUACCGCAGCAUAGUCUCGAGAUGAGCAGCCCGAUUGUUUUGCUGGUCGCGUGUCUGCUGCUGACGGCGGCGACGACCCACGCCGACGAGAGCGUCCGUUUGAUGUCGAGAAGAGGCAGCCUGUCCUCCAGUACGCUGCGCUGGGUCGCCGGCACCGAGAUGAACAAUUACAUCAACGAGAUGGUCCCUGGUGCGCACACGAGGCGAAUCGAAGACCUCGAGGAGGGAUAUCUAGCAGAUGCGUCGGAAGCAGAUGAGGAGUUCCACAAGGUGCACGUGACCGAGGUGGACGAGGAGUUGCGGGACGAGUCGGACGAGCAGCCGUACUUUUUGUGCCGCGCCCGCCACAACGGCAUCAUGCUGGUCGGCGGCCUGGUCGACGGCAAGUGUUACGUGUCGCUGGCCAAGGAGGUGCGCGGCUACGAACGCUUCGACGUUUUGCGCAACGUGAUGAACGCGGCGCGGCUCCAGUGGCGUCACUGGGACCAGUACAACGGCCGGCCCUACGGAGCCGUCUCGGCCGCCGAGGACGGCAAAGUCUACGUCGCCAGAAGGAGGGCCGACGCCACCGCCAGGCAGACGCACUACCUGGGCAAACUGGACCUGAGCGUCGGCUCGGGUCGCAUCGUGACUAUGGAGCCUGAGGGCGAGCAUUUGACUGAGAAGGACCACUUGAAAGGCGAAGUUCUGAUCGAGACCGAGCCGGUCAGCUACGAAAUCAAAAACAUCAACUACGACGAGACCAGAGCCAAGACAAAGCAAACGCCGCGCACUUUGGCCACAACGACCCUGAGUCUGGAGGACGUGGUGGAGGGCAACGACGCCCUGCCGCCAGGCAAAGGCAUGGUUGGCCGCACCGUCACCUACUGGAAGGACCCCAGCAGCGAGUACUGGGGCCAGGGACGCGGCAUGGCCAUCGGAUUGGCCACCAAGAUCAACCUGGCCGACGAUAUGAAGCCGCACACUUUGGCCUGGGGCGUCAACCAGACGUGGCCGGGGGAGGAGGUGGUCAUGACCGUGGAGGCCAAGUUGCUGCCGGGAACAGGGCAGAACGUCACCGUGACCGGCAACCACACCAUUAGGGAGGUGCCCUACACGGCCGUCCUCGUCUCCCACUACAAGGACAACAAGAACCGCGAGAGGAAAAUCGAUGGGAUUUUGCACCAGAUUUCCCUCCGAGGCAUAACCGUGAGCUACAGCCCACACUAUUUCCUUCAUGACGGGUCUUUGGUUCCGACGACCACUACCACCACAACGACUACCACAACCACAACCACGACGACCACCACCGAACCUGCAGUGACCACAACCAUGCCCAGGUCACCCCAUCUCAACCCCAUGCACAACGAAGUUAUCGAGGAGAAGACGAUGAUGAUGACCGCCGGCUUGGAUACGUCGGGGGCGGACGCCGCCCCCGCCCGCCUCCUUUCGACCCUGCUCUUGACAAUGCUGGCGGUCGCUUUUGCAAGGAUAGGCACAUGAAUGGGCUAAACUGAUUGUGUAAAUAGCGAAAAUCACUCACACAUAAAGGAAGGCUGCGUUUUAGUCUCUGAUUUAAAACUAACGACACUAUAUUGAUUGUACAAAAUGUAUCUUAGUUGUUUGUUUUGUUUACGUUGCAAAGAAUUUGAUAAUCAAAAAGUCGCAAACGGCCUUAUUAUCAUUGGACAUCAGUAAUUUAUCUCUUUCUCUGCUGCUUUCGGCGACGGAAACGAUUAGUUUUCUUCUCUCAUUAGUUAGUUGAGCGAGUAUUUUUGUAAGUUUUUGAAGGCCACAUGUGAUUCUAGUGAGGUUAAGUUAGAUUCAUUUAGCUGAUAAAAAGCCACAUUGUUUACUUUUGUUUUUUGGUUUUCUCAUUAAUUUGGUUUGCGCGUAGCCCGAUUCGAAGGAGGUAAUUAGUCGCAGCUUGAAAGUAAAAGGAUGUCCGUGGAAAUAAAUAUAAACACUUAUGCGUAUAUAUCAGCCUGGCAAUUACAUUAGCGGUCGCAUUAUAUAUAUUUUCUCUACGAAUUGCCGUAGGAGAGAGGUAGAACGGUUGUAAUGUACAAUAGCUGAGACUCGACAAUGUAAAUAAUACAAUUAGUUGGAAGGGGACGAAAUUAAAAAAUUUCUGCUAGUGCCAAUUAAUGCGUUCAGUGUAAGGAUUCAAUUGGCGCCGAUUUAGAUUGGAAGAGAAAAGUUUCCCCUUCGAUUGAAUUAAUGAUGAAUUUUUGAGGAAAAUGGAUGUGUAAAUAAAAGGAGGACAAAUCCUUUGAUGAAUGUUGUAAAAUAAAAUUUUGUUAUCCGCUAGCAA